AUGGGUUGCUCCGGCCAUAAGGCCGAUGAGUUGUACUAUCGGGCUAGGAGUACGAACAAGUAUCGGAAAAGGAGUAACCGAGAAGUGGACUCUCAUUAUCCUUGUGCCAAAAUUAUCAAGAACACCUACGCGGAUGUAUUAGCAGCAUUAGCAGUAUCUCUGGCACAGCCUCCUGAAACAAAACAAUUCGUUAUGGUGAGAACUCACCAGCUCUUCAUACCAAUCUACGAUGCAGAUGAUAGAGAAGAGGAUAUUAAAGAAGUGCAUUUAACCCAAGUUGAAUUCAAACCUCGAGAGUGGCGUUUCCCUAUCAUAGAUUACAUCUUGCACGGGAUCUUACCAGAAGAUGUGAAGGAAAGGGACUCAAUCCGAAAGAGAGUACUGAGGUUCUACUAUAACACAGAGAAUCAAACGUUAUAUUAUCGGAGGUAUGAUGGUUUACUACUACGUUGCUUAUCGACUAAAGAAGCAGGAGAAGUCCUUAGAGAGACACAUGAAGAAGUUUGUGGUGCACACCAACCUGGUCCCAAACUUUAUGAUCGCAUUGGAAGGAUGGGAUAUUUCUAG